GUUUCCUCCACCGCUCCGGUUCAUGACCAGCCUGUUGAGUCUCGAGGAGGAGGACACGCCGUCGAGGUCGCUCACCCCAGUCUCCGGCAGUCUUAGUCCGUUCCGUGCCACACUCUACUGAGGCUACGCGCCCCAACCGAAAACCGACCAUGUCCACCGGGUCGCUUAGUGACUUCGACGACGAGGUCCUGGACGGCAUCCUGAAGUUCGGCUCUUCCGGUAAAGACUCCGGUACAUCGAACGAGAGCACAGAGGAGAGCUCGAACUGCGAAGGCGGCUCGGCCAACGAUAAAGCUGCUCCGGCAAAGAAACGGAAAAAAGCGUACGGUAGGAAGAAGGCGCCGAACAGCGCGGUGCACGAGGGUGGCGGCAAACCUGUGCAGAGGAACGCAGCCAACGCAAGAGAGAGAGCGAGGAUGCGCGUGCUGUCGAAAGCGUUCUCCCGGUUGAAAAUGACAUUACCGUGGGUCCCACCGGACACCAAGCUCUCCAAACUGGACACGCUGCGCCUUGCCUCGAGCUACAUCGCCCAUCUACGGCAGAUCCUUGUCAACGACAAAUACGAGAACGGAUAUAAACACCCCGUCAAGCUGACAUGGCCCUUCAUGGUCGCCGGUAAACCUGACAACGAUUUGAAACAGAUGCUCAACACCACCCGGUUGUGUGGAACAACUGCCUCGUGAUGGAACGGACAUGACAUGGCCAUUAACGUUUUCGUUACCGGGAACGGACUUUUUCAGAUGGACAGACAUGCACGUCAUCUCUCCUAAACCAAAUAUUGAGUGGGGAUAACCGGGAGAGCGCGCACUCCUACAUAGUUCCCCUACAUAGAUUUUAUACGCCUAUUUAAAUUGUUCACAUGUUGUCUUUGCUGGUUCGAGGACAGGUUGUGCUAAAGUUUUGUAUUCGUUUUUUAUACUCUUAAAAUGCUUUAUAUAACAUGUUGUCACACAAGUAUUUUUAUUUUUUACAGUGACGUUGUCAGUCACGGCUUUGGAAGCGCAAGUGAAAACGUGUCGAUUAAUUGAGUAGACAGAUUUUAUGUAGGCCUAAAUAAAAUAUAUUCAUAUUAUCGUA